CAUAAUGCCGUGGUUUUUAAGGUUUCCAUCUAACAGGGUCUUAGCGUUCGAACUCUGAACCCACUCUACAGUAAGCUCAAGUCACCGUCGACGAAGCCGACCCCAAUGCCUUCUCCGGCCGCUUGCUUCACUCCCCACAGUCCCAUUCCUUCUCCCUCCUCUCGUUCAUCUCCACGUUCUCUGAGCAGCAGAAUCGUUUCCACUUCUCUCCAUCAUUUGUCAGCAGGUAAUUUUAGGUACAGAAAAAACAGAAUUAGGUCUUGGAACAUCACAAGAGGGGAUUCUGUUAUUGUUGCUCCAGUGAAGGUAAUGUCCUACUUGCCUAAUUCAGAUAGUUGCCCCGGGGAAAAUGUGGUAUCUUCCCCAUCGCCUAAUUUAGAAGUUAAGAGCGCAGAGAGUAUAAAAGAGUUUGCAGGUACUAGGAGGUUAGAGUCCUCUGAAAGGAUCAGCUUGGACCCAUUCCGUGGCAAAUCAGGAUGUGUUUCUUUCUGUGGAUUAAGCUACCAACUCCUUGAUGCAAGGAAUUUGGUGUCUUCCCCAUUCGAAGAUGGAAAGGGUUCUAUGAUUUGGGUUGUCGCCCCAGUAGCAUUGAUAUCGUCGUUACUACUUCCGCAGUUUUUUCUUAACAAUGCUAUUGAAGCAUUUGUGAAGAAUGAGGUCUUCACAGAUAUAGUUACAUUUUUCUCCUCGGAGGUCAUAUUUUACAUUGGACUUGGGGUCUUUCUCUCAAUUACUGAUCUCGUACAACGUCCCUACAUCAACUUCAGCCCGAGACAAUGGAGCCUUAUCACCGGCCUCAAAGGAUAUUUGUCUUCUGCCUUCUUCACCAUGGGCGUCAAAGUAGUCGCUCCUGUUCUCGCCGUGUAUGUUGUUUGGCCUGUCAUCCCCCUCCCGGCAGUGAUCUCAGUGGCACCAUUUCUUCUCGGAUGCGCCGCACAAUUUGCAUUUGAGCUUCACCUUGACAAACGACAAUCCUCCUGCUGGCCCGUACUGCCAAUCAUCUUCGAGGUUUAUAGAUUGUAUCAGCUAAGUAGAGGAGCAUAUUUUCUUGAGAAGUUGAUGUUUUCGAUGAAGGGAGCCAAAAUGACACCAAAGGUAAUUGAAAGGGGAAAUGCUCUGGUUUCCUUGGUUGUUCUUUUUCAGGUCCUUGCUGUUGUUUGUCUCUGGUCCUUGACUACUUUUCUUCUGAGGCUUUUUCCUUCCAGGCCUGUUGCAGAAAACUACUGAAUUAUCACUGUUUUUAGAGUUUUGAUUAGAUGUGGUUAAGACUCAAUAUUAAUGUUUUUGUGGUCUUGUCUGGUUUUUUUACAUUAUAUAU